AUGGAACUCUCAGGAGACACACCGGUUACUCUGGUUAUCAAAGCCCCAAACCAGCGCAUGGCUGAUCAGACGGUUGAGUGUAUGACUGGAUGGACCAUCCAGAAACUGAAACAGCAUUUAGAGAUGGUCUACCCAACAAAACCUAAACACAAUGAACAAAGACUGAUUUACUCUGGAAGAUUGCUGCAAGAUAAACAAACACUGAAAGAAAUCCUUCGCCAGUAUGAUGACAGUCUGUCCAGCAGGCAUACCAUACAUUUGGUGUGUUCAUCCCUUAUGGACUCCAGCCCAGCAUCCUCGGCAUCCAGCAGUGUCAAUGCAAAUUCUGCCCAAAGUCCAGUAGCUAAACCAGUUGCAAGUGUGAGUUCUGGGACCUGUAGUUCAGAAACGGCUAGCACCAGUCAGAGUGAUGGCGUUAGAUUCAGAGGUCAUCAUCAGUUGCCACAGCCAUCCAGCAGCCAUGAUCCUGCCAAUGCACACCUUGCUUACACAGCCUACCAGCCCGGCGUUGUCCAGGGAGAUGCGGCCUCUUACACCCCAGAACAGUAUCACUGGAUGAUGCAACAGCAGCAGCAGAUGUACUCCCAGUACAUGAUGCAAUACAUGAUGUACUACCAGUGUAUGUACAACCCUGGCCUGUCUGUUGCUCCUAUGAUGCCUCCAUCAUUCUCACAACACAUUGUGGCUAACACACAUCCACAGCAGCAGGUGCCUCAUGCUCCGGAUGCUGCUGCUGCUGCAGUCAACAAUGGGGCCCAGGAGGCUGCACGGCCAAAUGUUCGAAUGAAUGCCCAGGGUGGUGUGGAAGAAGAAGAAGAUGAUGAAGGAGAACCACGGGACUGGCUGCAUCAUAUGUACUUCUUCAUGCGUGUUCUCACCUUCUUGGGCAUUCUUUUCUUUUACUCAAACCUCUCCAGAUUCCUCAUAGUUUUUACUGGAUCGUUUUGUAUUUACGCACUUCAGAAAUUGAGAAAGUACUGGCAACAGCUGCAGCAGCAAGAACGGCAAGAGCGGCAGCAGCAGCAACAGGCACCACAACAAGAACAGCAACAGCAAGAACAGAAUGAACAGCCACAACAGCAGCCAGAUACGCCGGCAGAUGUCAGGAAUGAAGAGGUUCCAGAGAAUGUGCCGCCACCAGGACCACAAGCAGCCACUGACCAACAACCAGCUGUUGAAGAAGAUGGUAGCAGACUGGCAAGAAUCAUGACCUUCGUUGGCAACACAGUCCAGGCUUUCUUCACUUCUUUGCUACCUACAGCCACCAGAAUUGCUUGA